UAAGUUUAAAAGUAGUAACAUGAGACAAAAUUUCUGACAGUGCAUUUGAAAUCUAAGCACAGAGCAGCUUCAGUCCCCCUUUUUCCUAUUGUUUUGCUAAGGACACUGGUUUUGCUCUCUCUGCAGUUUACAUCUUCUCAGUCUUCCAAUGUUAAUUAUUGACAUUUAUUUUGCAACAGCACAAUAUGUUGCUUCUUUGCUUUACUCUCAGAGUUGGCUUUCAUUAAACAAUUUCCUCUUUUCGCUUUGGUCAAGAGGAGGGGCAGAAAGUCAUGAGGUUGAGUAUCACUGAGAGAAAAGUUAGUUUUGCCUUUCAUGUGGGAGCCUCUUUGUGGAUAUAGACCAGGAAAGGUCAACUCUGCUUCCAAUUGGGAGACCAAUACCUUCCAACAGAAUCACUUCGGUAUAGAGACACAGGAAAUCUCUCAAGGCCUCCAUUUUAACUUAAAACCUACUUUAUACAUCACUCCCAAAAUGAGUGAGGAGGAGAUCACUUACUCAACUGUGAGAUUUAAAAUAUCUUCAGAAGUACAGAACCAAGUGAGGCCUAAGGAGCCUCAAAGGACCAGAGAAGCUGUCCACAGAGAGAGUUCAGUCCCCUGGCAGAUCAUUGUGAUAGCUCUUGGAAUCCUCUGUUCCGUUCUGCUGGUAACUGUUGCAGUAUUGUUGACCUACAUUUUUCAGUAUACUCAUGCAAAGCAUGAACUGCCGGAGGAAACUCUAAGCCGCAUCAAUAACGGCAGCACCAUGCAAAGUGACAUCGACUUAAAGGAAGAAAUGCUAAGAAAUAUGUCUAUAAAUUGUAGUCAAGGCAAUGAUCUUCUGCAAUCUCUAAACAGAGAACCAAAAAGAUGGUACAGCAAAAUAUACACUGUUAAACCUUCCUCUCAGCACACAGGCAAAAAUGUUGAAAUAUACUGGUUCUGCUAUGGUAUAAAAUGUUAUUAUUUCAUCCUGGACCAAAAAACCUGGAUCCAAUGUAAACAAGCCUGCCAGAAGUUCAGAUUAUCCCUUCUGAAGAUAGAUGAUGACGAUGAACUGAAGUUCCUUCAGCUCCAGGUUCUUUCAGACAGUUACUGGAUUGGAUUGUCAUAUUAUAAAACAAAAAAGGAAUGGUCAUGGAUUGAUAAUGGCCAAUCUGAACUUUCCUUGAACCUAAAGAAAUACAAUGUAAAGGAUGGAGACUGUAUGUUCUUAUCUAAAAUAAGACUAGAAAAUGCUAAGUGCAUGAACCCCUACCCAUGUAUUUGUCAGAAGAGACUGGAUAAAUUCCCUGAUUGACUCUCCAACAAGAGAUAAAGGAUUUAGUCUGCUGUGCAAACAGCGAGAUGAGCUGGAAGAGUGUGGGAAUGUUCUCUGGAAUCUGAUGUGGCAGAGCAGAGGCUUCUUCCAUCCUGGUGAAGACAGGACACAUUUUCUCUGGUGCAUGGACAUGGUUUGCUUCAAAGUCUCCAGGACUCUGCUCUUUCUGAUUUCUUAAACUCUUAUACGAUUAAAUUAAAUCCCAAUAACCAACCUGAGUAUUUAUUUAUAAUUACAAUAAAUCCUGUUAAUUGAAA